GUGGAAACAACUGCAGGAGCAGUAAGCCAACAACAGUGCGGCAAUGUGUUGGCAGUGGCAACUCAAACGGAAACAAAAACGGAUACGGAAACACAGCCAACUCCGAGUACAAGUCGUAAUGAGAACCAGAAUCAGAAUGAAAAUGAGAAUCAACGUGAAGAACAAAUCAACAAAGCGGAAAUAUUUCGCUUACCAAAAAAUUGUGUGUUGCAAAAAAUUUUGAAUUUGCAAUUGCUGGUAAAGCACCACUUCGAUUAUAUGUGGCGAGUCAACUACGCCCGGCACUCGCGGCCCACGUAUGACGCGCUCAGAGGACUGCUGGCCCUGCCGGGCACCGAUGAACUCCAGCCGGAACAGGCGUACUUGCUGGGAGCCACGGCCUUGGACUGCUCGAUUAUGUUGACGUUCCAGGAAGUGGAAAUCGACUGCGAGUCGGAUGGUGGCGCUGACCAGGACUCGCGUAGCCUUAGAGCUGAACUGCUGCAGCCGUGGCUCGUCUCCCUGCUGGGUCAUCUCUUUCUAACGAAGCUCUCUGUGCUGGAUUUGGAUCCGAAGCCCGAUAGUCACUUUCAUAAAUUCAUAGAGCAGACAUGUGAAAUUGAAAAGUGCUGCCGAUCAUUAAAUUAAU